CAAUACGACGAUCGAGAUAAACGAGAGAGAGCAUAGUCUAUUUCCUGUAAAAACUGAAUCUCAACAAAACUAAGGCUGGCAAUCGAGAGUUCCGUUGUAAACUGCGGUGUUACAAUUUCGGGAAAGUCAUCUAUUUUUAAUUCAGGCAUUCAGAAUGUUUUUAUGAGUUCUUCCUGUGCAUUUUUCCGGUAAUAUAGCAUUUCUUUUGAGUAGAAUGCAUUUAUUUCGAAUUUAUUUAUUUAAUCUGGAUUUACAUCAACAAAAGUCUUGGUGACACCUUCAAACUGAACUAGACUCUAGCGAUCCUCUGUUAUUGUAGAUAUAGAGACUUUUUACGCAUUGAAUUUCUAGAACGCGCCUUAAAAAAAUGUAAAUGUGAUAGAGAAGAUGGCUUUCCGAGUCGUCAAUGACCUUCUACUCCUUUGUUUACUUCAGAUUUUGAACGAUUUCAACGGAAUAUAUGGCUCACCGAAUCGGCGGCUUCAGCGAUCAAAGUCUUUCAAUGGAAACUUACCCUAUCUUGAAAACUCAAUACUACACGAGAAUUUGUUUGGACAGCGUAACCAAAUCCGUGAAUCCUCCCUUGUGGGAAAAACUGCGGGUAAAUCGCAACAGAUGGAAGAUUUAUUCAAACUUAAAGACAAUAGAGAUGGAAAUUCGCCGAUCAACUUGAAGAAAUUGCUAAACAGGGUUUAUCUCGAAGGCAAAUCGACUAAAAAAGUGUAUUCUUCGCAGGAAUCAACACCAUCAUAUGCUCAAUCUGUUCGAAAUUUUAACAAGGACUAUGUAUUUCGAGCCGUUGUUUACGACGACAACUCGAACGCUUACGCAGUAGCGUACUCUCCAAAGGAAUAUUCAGAAACUAAUUGGUACAUCACCUCUGUGGCCGGGGCCGUCAUAUUGGUGGUUGUUGUGGCCCUCUGCGUCCAUCUCCCUUGGGGUUGCCUGUGGAGGCGCCAACGAAGUGAACAUGAUGUCGGUUGUCCCAUUACAGCCUCAGAGAAACGAAUAUGCGGAAAAUGCAUGCUGCACAGAGAUGCCACAAAAACCAUGACCUAUAGCGAAAAACCGCAUCAAGCCAGCGUUACCAUGGCCACUAGUGACAGACACUAUCGAGCAGGUUCAGGAAACUUGUAUUCACAGAACUCUUUGCCGCAUAACAAUAAACAAUCUGGGAAAUUAAAUCAAGCUAAAAGUAAAGUAUCCAGCUUGUUUAAGGGAUCACACGGAAGCCACUCCUACGAACCCGCGAAAUAUCGAUACAAACGUCUCAGAGCUACAGAAAAAGAGCAAUCACAGCACACCAACUAUGAACCUGAAUGGACGAGUAUCGGUGCGUUCUUAAAUCGAAGACCCAGCUCUUACGGAAGCACUAGAGAAUCUAAGGAGAAAUUUGUGGAUCGCUACGGAAGACGGUCACGCGAUUCACUGGACGCAGACGACGAAGUGGUAGAGUAUGCUCUUAAACUCCGCCCCCGGAGACGUCAGAUGAUAGAGCUGCAGGAGUUCCCCCUGGGAUUCUCGAAGAGCUAUCUAAACAUCGAUUUAGAGUCUGACCCCGGGGUUGUUUUUGACCCAUGCCGGGAUCAAUUGUUCAGGAAGAAGACUAAGGCCUCCGACAGAUUGACUUUCUCCGACUCCGAUUUAAGAAAGCUUUCCUGUAUGGACAAACUUGGAACAUACAAUGAUUCAGAAAAUCUGUUUGAUGGUGGAAAACGAAGGAAGAGCAGUUUGAAAACAAGAUCUAGAAAAGGGAAAGGAAAUGCAAAAGUGGUGACCUUCUUUCCAUCCAACUUAAGCUACGAUGCACAAUUUGUUCAAAUUCCUCCAAGAAGUAAAAUGGCGGAAACUGGGGAGGGAGAAUUCGAGAAACGUUUUAUUGCUCCUCAUCGCGAACCUCAUGAUGGUUUUAAACGCGUUGACACCAAGGCCACGCCCAGCUUCAACCAGACCAAGGCUGUUUAUGAUGAUCUGGCGAAAAUCGUUGGAGACACAAAAGAUGAGUUUCCUUUUACUGACAGCCAAAAGGCAAAAAUCAAAGAACAUGCCGUAGAUUGCGACACGCAUGCGCAAAGUUUCUACAUGGAGGCUAAGAGAGAUGAAAUGCUACAGGCACGUGACUGUGCCAGCUCCUACGUAAAUUACGGCUGCAGAUCUUCCACAGAAGUAUUAACUGAAUCUAAAGAAAAACUACCCAGAGACGAAGAAAAUGAACGAGAUUUGACUAAUAAUUUUGAUUCGUUUUCAAGUUCAUUUUCUGAUUUGCGUAAAAAUGAUCUCGGUUACAAGCCGGAGCCAUUAGCUGGAUUGCUCUCCCCAGUUCGCAGAGCUAAUCCAAAGGGAGGCAGCAUAAAGGGUAUUAUGACGUCACAGGCUGCGGGAGACUUGGUUUGUGUAAGUUCAUACGUACAACCGCUGAGUAUGAGGUGCUCCAUGAAAGCAGUCUCCAUGUCCAGCGGAUGCAAUAUCUAUCAGCCUCAACUUGAUGAUACGAGGCCAUUUCAAUCCAACAAAUCACAGAGUGACUUUGAACAGGAAGUGUUGUUUAUGGAGAAAACUUCAUGUUAUGAUAACCUUCAGCAAUAUCCUGAAAAGGAAACGAGAACUGAGAGCUGAAAGGUUGUAUCAUGAAAUCAUGGGCUGCACUAUUGUUUUUGCGAAAAUGUGAUUGUCAGUGACUUGACAGUUUAGACCAAAAUCAUUUCUGGCCAUAAGGAUUAUUGUUUCCAACGAAAAAUUUCCAAUUUCAGUGGCUAUUUUAGAGGAGACCUCUUUGGCCACGAUCAGAUAAAAACGAUCAGAAAUUUGAAAAUUUAGGAUCAAAUUGGCAAGUUUGACAAGUUCUUUCUCACCAGGUCUGGCUGAGACUAAAUGAGAUUUAACGUCAAAGGAUCAUGAACGUACGCAUCUCCCAAAGCUCGUGUUUUAGGAAAUAA